CGCAGUGGGGACAAUGAUGAGCUGUGCUUACUACCAUAACCAGAACCAAAAUCAGUCAGACUGUUUGGUUGGCAUGAUCAUCGGCACGGGCACCAAUGCCUGCUACAUGGAGGAAAUGUGUAACGUGGCGAGUGAAAAAGGAAGAAGCGCGGAACAGAUGUGCAUCAACACUGAAUGGGGUGGCUUUGGGUGUCUGCAACGCGUCGGCAUCCAGACAGAGUUCGACAAGAGGGUUGACGACGACUCCAACAAUAAAUGUUACCACACUUACCCACACAGACUUGGAGAAACGGUGACGAGGUUGGCACCAAACUGCAAGGUGACGUUCAAAGAGGUAGACGAUGCCAGUGUCACAGGAGCUGCUAUGACCAAGAGAAGCUCAAUGGAUCAGAUGUAG